AUGGUCUUUGUCGGUGAUCGCAAUCUACACGCCAUCUACAGCGGAUUCAACAUUCUCUUGCGUCAAGAUCUGAGCACCGGUGCAAUGCAGACCCGAAGGAUGGAUGACGACACUCUGGCAGAGUGUCAUUGUGACAAUCAGUUUGUCAAACAGACCUGCUCUGAGCACUUCGUCUCUUCAAGCGACGACAUUUCCAAGGGCGCGGGUGGCGGGAGUGGAAGUGAUGCUCGCAGCCCUUAUGUUUGCAAUCGCGCACCACACAGUUUUCUGUCCAUGACCGCGGCACUUGCUUCAAGAGAGAUCCUUUCCAAAUUCAAAGAAAAAUUGCCCCCGGUCCCGAAAUCUAAUUACAAGCCAGUUCCAAUCAUAUAUUCGUUAUCACCAAGCACGACUUCACAAGAAAUGGCAGCCGCCACGUUACUCAAGUUCCUCGAGCUCGCCGAAGAUUCGCAACGCAAGACACCAUUUCUGUGGGUUGGUCCUUCUGCCGCCGGACAUGUCGAGAUCAAGAACCGCAAGGGGAACCAGGAAAUCUGGGACUUCGACAAGCACAUGGAAACCACAGCUCAGGCCAAUGGCGUCGAGGUCCUGAAAAUGUGGAACAUGACCGUCCAAGCAGAUAGCUGGGAUGGCAUGGGCUUUGGGGAGAAAGUCGCUAUUACCCAGGCCAUGAUGGUUGUCAACUGGCUGGGUCAACUCGAGUCUAGCUAA